AUGGCGUUCGAGGUGUUUGACGACGUGGCCUUCUACUGGUUCCUUUUCUCCGUCAUGGAGAAGAACGAGCGGAUCGAGCGGGAGCGGCGCAAGGACCUCAUGUCCAAGCUCUUCGGCUGGCGCGGCGAGAUGUACACCUUCAACCCGUACCGCAUCCUCGCCAUCGAGGAGGGCGCCGAGCCGGGCGAGAUCAAAAAGGCGAGCGGAGUUCAUUCCUCGGCAUACCGCAAGAUGUCGCUCAAGUUUCACCCGGACAAGAACCAGGAGGGCGGAAAGCGAGCAAAAGACGACGACCCAGAGAAGAACUCGUGCCUCUGCCCGGCGAAGGAGGCUGCCGACCUCUUCAUCAAGAUCGCUAAGGCGUACGAGACGCUGACGGACGACGCGACGCGCGACAACUACGAGAAGUACGGCAACCCCGACGGCUACCACGGCACGUCCGUCACCAUCGGACUGCCUUCCUGGCUGACGGACAAGGACAACGAGCUCGCGAUCCUCGUCGCCUACUUCGUCGCCCUCAUCGUCAUCAUCCCCACCGUCGUCGGCCUCUGGCGGAGACUAGCUGACGACUUGUCCAAGCUGCACAACCGCGUGCGCGAGCAGUUCGUCAAGAACCAGGGCGACGUCAACAACGACAUCAUGAAGGUGAAGACGCUGCUGUACGCCUUUCUGCUCCGCGAGCCGGUGCCGCCGUCGCUGCAGGCCGACAUGCAGCUGCUCAACGGGCUGCUCAACAUCUGCAUGGAGCAGAGGUUCGUCACCGCGACCAUCAACGUGAUCGAGUUCUCGCAGCUGCUGACGCAGGCGCUAGUGGCGCCACACCAACCCGCUGCUGCAGCCGGCCUUAGUUCACUGUUCUUUGGCUGCCUCGUUAAGGCGAUGUGGUUCCACUCCAACCCGCUGCUGCAGCUGCCGCACUUCGACAUGGCGCAGGUCAAGGCGUGCUCGCGGCUGCUCGACGGAGGCGGCAAGGACGCCAAGGCGAGCUCGCCGAUCGAGAAGCUGCGCGCGCUCGGCCCGCAGAAGCGGCGCGAGGCUCUGACGAAGCUGUCCGAGUCGCAGCACGCGGACAUCGACCGUUUCCUGACCAACUUUCCGGAGAUUGAGAUUUCGUUCGACGCCAAGGUGGAGGACGAGGAGGACGUGCAGGAGGGUGAUGUGCUCUCGCUCACCGUCAAGGUGGAGCGGAAGCACCUGCCGGAGGACCCGGACUGGGUCGACUCGGACGAGGAGGAUGACGAGCCUGACGAGGACAUGUUCUCCAAGGAGCUGGCGCACCUCGAGCCCGACUCGGAGGAGUACGAGGCCAAGAAGGAGGAGCUGAUGGACGAGUGGAGAGACGCGUACUACGAGCGGCAGAAGCGGAAGCGCGAGCGCGAGAAGGCGCGCAACCCGCAGUCGGGCGAGCUGGGCUUCGCCGCCCGCCCUCUGCACGAGCCGGUGCCCGUCCACGCGCCCCACUUCCCCGAGGAGCGGCACGAGCAGUGGAUGGUGCUGCUGGUCGACGUCAAGUCGAACAAGCUUGUCGGCUACCAGAAGCUGUCGCAAAACUCGCGCUUCGAGAAGGUCGCGCUCAAGUUCCUCGCGCCGAAGGAGGGCGUGGUCCACUACGAGAUCCACUGCCUCUGCUCCGCCUACCUCGGGCUCGACAAGAAGGUGCGGAGGAGGGACCUCGUGCACAGCGAGCUCAUCCUCAACAUCAUCGCCCUCGCCAUCGCCGGCGUGAUGCUCUUCAACUUCCUCUACUCACGCGGCCUCUGGCAAAAGUACGUGCAGCCGCUGGCCGACUGGGUGCUGAUGAUCGCUUGGCCGUUCCUCUCCCUCGUCGGCAGCACGAUGCUCGAGCGGCGCCUGUCCUUAGGCAACAAGUUGCUGCCCGGCUGGCUCUGGUUCUCCACCAACGUGUACGACUUCCGGCACGUGUCGUUCCUGUUCGAAAACAUGACCGCCGUCGACAUGGACGCGAACGCCUCCCUCUCCACGCGCGUCAAGAACGACACCAGCUUCCUCAACGAGGACCCGUUCAAGCCGAACUUGUUCAACCAGAUGGGCGACCGCGACUAG